AUGACUGAGAAACCCAAUCACGAGGAACUUGGAUCCAAGAGUAUUUUCUAUGAUCCUGAAUGGAAUCCCAAAGGUUUAGCACCACCAGGAUUCAAAAAUGUAGCCUACAAUCCCGCAACAUUUACAAGAAAGCAAAGUUCGUUACAAAGACAUAUGCUAGGAAUUAAUGCUGAUCUGCCAGAGGAAAAAAAAAGAAUGAAUAAAAAUGGAAGAGAAUAA